UUAACCUCCCUGGUGGUAUUCCCGAGUGUAGCUCGGGGUAAAGUUUCAGCACCACAAGCGGUAACAACCCCGAACUACACUUGGGAAUACACUGCAGCGUUGCUCCGGGAUCUCUUCUACACUUACCUUGUCCUGCGCUCCCGCGAUGUCCCCCCUGCAGUGUCCCCGGCAAUGUCCUCCAGCCGAUGCCGGCAUCUGUCUUCUGUUCUGUUCCCUGUGGACGUACGGGGGAUGGAACCGGCGGGAAAUUUGAAAAUGACAAAAAGUGACAUUCACUAAAAUCACUAAAAUCACAUAGUAUAACACUACUGAACCAAACCAUUUCACAUACAU